UAAUUAUUAUGCAAAGUUCACAAGAGUCAACUUAAAUUAAAUUGGUUGUAGUAGGUGAUGGUAGUGUUGGUAAAACAUGCAUACUUUUAAGGUAAGAAUAAAUAUUAAGAAAAUAGUUACACUACAGAUAAAUUUCCCACAGAAUACGUUCCUACUGUAUUUGAUAACUACACCACUCAAUUAACAGUUGAUAAUUAAAUGAUAAAUUUGAGUUUAUGGGAUACAGCAGGUUAAGAAACAUACAAUAGAUUAAGAACUCUAUCAUAUGGAUCAGCAGAUAUUUUCUUAAUUGUAUUUUCUGUGGUUGAUAGCAGCUCAUUUGAAAAUGCAUAAAAUAAAGUACUAUUAUUAAAUCAUAUAUAAGUGGUUUCCAGAAUUAAAUCAAGACGAAUUAUAAAAAGUCCCGAAAAUAAUUGUUGGUAAUAAAAUAGAUAUGAGAGAUGAUAGCAAUGAUAAACACAUAAAAACAGAAACGGUAAUGAUACAAUUAAUAUCUAAAGGCUAAAUCACUCUUAGGCAAUCAAAAUAUACAAUAUUUUGAAUGUUCUGCUUUAACUUAAGAAGGUUUAAAGCUGGUUUUUGAUGAAGCAGUCAAAUAAGCUUUAAAAGCCAAAUUAUAAUCUAAGGGAGGAGCUAAACCUGCAAAUUAAAACAAGGACAUAAAUAAUGGACCUCAAAAGAAAGAGGAACCAUGUUGUAGCAUUUAUUGAAUUUAUUUACAUAAGUCAUAUAUCAAUUCAAAUUUAAUAUCAGCC